AUGCGAUCUGUCAUUCAUUUGCAAGUGGUGUUCGGCUUAUUGGCCAUUGGCUCUGCCAUCGCAAGCCCUUGCAAGCCUCUCUCAGCCUCAACAACUUCUGCUACCACUUCUGUUGCGACAAUAUCCACUACUGUCACUUCAGAUGCUUCCACUGAAACUUCCGUCUCCACUUCUUUUGCAUCCACCACUGAAGAUGAAGGCGCCACUUCUUCCACAGUAGUUGAGUUCUCUACUGAGACAUAUGCCUCUUCUACUGAGACAUCUGCUUCAUCGGCUGAAACAUCGGAGUCAUCUAUCACCGUUGAGACGUCUGCAGCCUCAGCCACCGCGACUGACACUACCGAGACUACAACUGCUGAGCCAACCACCACCGGUGUCACCACGACCGUCGCUGAGACAACCUCAUCCGCAGCCAUCCCUACCUUCACAAUGUUUGCUUCCGGCUCAAACGCCGUCGCAGGCAGGAGUCUUCAAACUUACAACCGCGACGGCGCUGUCGCUGUAUUCGAUCCCGCCACUGAGGACGAUAAUCCUUCCGUCCGAUCAUACUCUAUCGACUCUCAAGGCAGGAUCGUGAAUGACCUUGGCUGGUUUCUCUGUGGAUACUACGGUGCAACCAACGAGGAACCCAACAGACCCGCGACGGUUGUGACCUGCCAUAGCGAGACUCCCCUGCAGAAGGCUUUCCUGACUUGCGAGUUGUCUGGUCCUUUUGGGAUCGAGUGCUCGGUCCCGGCCCUGUCUUGUGUGUCGAGUGGAUCUUCCAGUAUCGGUCCGACGUGUAUACCUACUACGGGUACUUGGAGCUUGAACUCUGUCGGUGUUCGGGCGUUUGGUCACACCUGGCUGAUUGGAGGCAGCGAUACCCCGGCUACUUAUGAACGUAUGACCAUGAGCAUCCGGGAGGUCUGA